AUGGAUGAAGAUCAAUUUUCACCGCCUGAAACUCCUAAUGCAAAUGAUAUUGUCAAAGUGAUAUCGUUGGAACCAAAUGAUGCCAUUGAUGAUGAUGAUUCUAUAAAUGAAAAUGGUGAAGAUCUGAAAAUAAGCGCCCACACGAAAGACGCAUUUUGCGUUGAUUGUUUUCGCGGUAAAUGGUUGGCAACUGGUGGAGAAGAUGAUUGUGCAUUACUUUUCGACUUAGAUAUUUUCGAUAUUGAACCGAUCCUACGCAUUACUGAUCAUGUCGAUUCAGUGAUUUAUGUGCGCUUUAAUUCAUCGGGAAUGUUUUUGGCUUCAGGCGAUAUGUCAGGGAAAAUUAUAAUCACUGAUACCUCACAUUUAAUGUGUAUUCAUGAGAUCAAUGAAUGCAGUGAACUGGAAUGGCUUGAUUGGCAUAAAGAAGCGGAUGUGCUCUUUGCAGGAGCUAGUAAUGGCAUUAUAUGGGAGUUUUCUGUUAGUCAAGUCGAGGUCUUUGCUGAAGGCUCCGGAACUUCUAGCAAUAUAGGAAAGAUAUUAGGUUGCGGGCUUAAGUUGCUUUGUGCAUUUUCGAAUGGAACAGUUCGCAUAUGGUCAUUGCUGGAUCCAAAAUCUACAGCGAUUUCAGUUGAUAUGGCAUGUACUUGCGUUGAUGCUCAUAAAUCAUUACCACUAGCAGCAAUUGGUGGUCAGGAUGGAAAAUGUAUUAUUAUCAAUACCGAAAAAGAUAAAGUGAUGAGGUUAUUAAACACUGCUGAAGCUUGCAAAACUGAGAAGGUUAAUGAACAAAUCUUUGAUGAAACUGUUUCGUAUUCUGUGGAAUGUAUUCAGUUUUCCUGUUUCAAAGACAUAUGGAUUGCAGUUGGUACUAAUAAUGGCUUUCUGAUAAUAUAUGAUAUUAAUCGAGGUUGUAUUCGCCAUAUAUGUGAUCACGGCGGAUAUACUGUUGUAAAAUGUCAUUGGUUUGGUACGAGUGAUGGUAUUCAAGUAAUAAUUACAGCUUGCUUAGAUGGAAUUAUUCGAAUUUGGGAUGUUUUUAGUGGCAAUAAAGUUUUUAGUUGGGUAUUUGAGGAGUUGCUUGGAGGCGGUGAAGGAAUAUUAGAUAUGGCUUUAUGUUUGGAUACGCAUCGGAUAUUCACAGUUUCAAGUGGUGGUACUUUACGUGUAUUAGGUAUUUUCGUUAAAAGACAAAUAGAAGCAUCUAUUAAUUAUACUAGUACAGUAGCUCGUUUGCGCUGGUUCUUAGGCCAUGGUUUUCGCUGCCGAUCAGCGGAACAGUCAUUUGAUUAUUUGCUCAAUGACAUCGAAGAAGAGCAAUCAACAUAUGUUCCAAUACGACGGGGAAGAAGGAGGAAGGAAUUAAUUUAUAACGCAUAG